GAAAUUAAAUAUAAUUUUGGAAAUCUAGCUGAGAUUAUACCAUUUUAUUCUGGUAACAUAUUAAAUUUGGAGGAAAUAUUGGAAAAUCUUCCAAGAUUAGAAAAUGACGAAAUGAUUUCUUUAUUAUUCGAUAUUGCUACAUUGGUAUCUAAUUCACCAAUCAAAUAUAUCCCAAGAAUAAUAUCAUGUUUGGGAUUAUUACAUAGAAAAUGCGAAAAUGAUAAUUUAUUGAAAUCAAAUCAUAAAUUUAUUAGAGAUUUCAAUCGAAUAUUCCUUGAUAUUUGGUUAACUUUAUUUUCACGUAUUAUUAUUUAUGAAAAUAAACCUUAUAUUAAUAAUGAUAAACAACGUCAAAUCUACUCUUCAACACCAUUACUAUUACAAUCGAAAUCAACUAAAUU